AUGUAUGAAUCUGAUCAGCAGUGCUAUGAUAUUCUUCGGAUGCAUCAGAGAACUUUUAAAGCUUUGUGUAAGUUGCUAACUGAGCAAUAUGGAUUGAAAGAGUCUCACAACGUCUACCUUGAGGAAUCUGUUGCAAUGUUUCUUGAGGUUGUUGGUCAAGACAAGACUAAGCGGGUUAUUGCUUCAAGGUAUCAAAGAUCAUUGGAUACGGUACAAAGGAAGCUUGAUGAUGUCUUAUGUGCUCUUCUCAAGUUUGCAGCAGAUACACUAAGACCACAAGAAGGCGAGUUUGAAAGAGUAAGUCCUGUUGUGAGGAAUGAUCGUCAGUAUUGGCCUCAUUUCAAAGAUUGUGUCGGAGCACUUGAUGGAACGCAUGUCCCGGUUCGUCCUCCAAGUCAGAAUGCAGAAGCAUAUAAUGGUAGAAAAGGAGUUACAAUGAAUGUUCUCGCCAUAUGUAACUUCGAUAUGAAGUUCAUAUAUGCAUAUGUCGGAGUACCUGGUAGAGCACAUGAUUCAAAGGUCUUGACUCAUUGUGCGAGGAAUGAGGCUUCUUUCCCACAUCCUCCUCCUGGAAAGUACUACCUAGUUGAUUCCGGAUACUCGACCAGGACAGGGUAUCUUGGUCCGCAUCGUAAUAUGCGAUAUCAUAUUCCUCAAUUUCAGAGAGGAGGACCACCAGUUAGUGCACGAGAGCUGUUUAACAAAAGGCAUUCAAGUCUGCGAUCAUACAUUGAGAGGACAUUUGGAGUAUGGAAAGCAAAAUGGAGGAUUUUGGACCGUAAGCAUCCAAAGUAUGGUCUGGUCAAGUGGAUUAAGUUGGUGACAGCGACGAUGGCAUUACACAACUUCAUACGUGAUUCACAUCGGGAUGAUCAAGAUUUUUUAGAAUGGGAAAAUGUUGAUGUUGGAGUAGAAGAAGCUCAUGAUGCAAUGGAGGCUUUGCGUGAUAACAUCACAAAUGGAUUUGGUAGAGGUCGUUUACCAUAUUAA